GCUCCUCUGGCUCUCUGUUCCAGUGUCUGGCGUUGUACACAGCUUUAGUGGGAGACUACAGGGGAAACAGAAAAACAUGAGCUGUCUGCCUCGUCACAUGGCCGUCAAAGGACACAAGCAGGCCACACCAACCGCUGGCAGCUGCGCCACCCCCUUGGCAGUGAUCUGCUGGGGCAAGCACAAGCUGAGAGAACUGAGAGAGCCAUGAGAGUGGCCCUCAACACAUCACUCAGGACCAUAAGGACAGCUGACUCUCCACAGCCCUGCACUCAUGAUGAGCCCCCCCUGCCACGGCUUACCCUCCUAGCGAGCACCAGCCUGCCCAGAAGCCCCAGACGCUGUGUGCCAGGUCAUCCCAGCAAGGCUACACCAGAGGACCUGUUCUACCUCUUGUCCCGCAGUGUUGUCCAUUACAACCAACCAGACGUGGUGCUGGAGUGCCUGGGAAGCCAGUGGGAGCUGCACUGCCCUAAUCUCACCAAGUCAGGCACCCUAAGCGACCUCUACAUGUCAACCAGACAGCAGAGGGCAAGGAGCCUUCAGGACAGAGCAGGAAGUGGURAGAGUGGGAAAGACAAGUCAUACAGCCGACCUGGCAGCAGCAACUCCAGCAGAGACAGACAGAAUGGGAAGAAACCCGCAGGCCCCCUGGUCCUCCAACUCUCUGUGAAAGAAGCCACCGUCACCAAAGAGGCCCUCUCCUUUGCCCUCAGGACCCUCUAUAACCCAGAGGCAUGUCCUGAACACUGGGGAGAGGGGGUGCUCUCUACCGCCGCCCUGCUGGGCCUGCCACACCUUUUCCAGAGGUGCUUAACAGAGAUGAUAAAUAAGAUCAGCUCCUCCACUGUGUGUAUCUUUCAUCGCGUGUCCUGCAAGUUUAAGGAGACCAGUCUUCAGAGAGCGUGUGAGCGAUGGUUGGAGCUUUACCUGGUGACUGAGUUGACAUGUUUCAUCUACCUGAGAGACUUACCCUUUGAACUUCUCCACAAGACCCUAAGUUCACCCAGGGUCUUUGCUGCCUGUGAGUACCAGCUCCUGAAGACAGUGCUGUACUGGGUAUUCCUACAGUUCAACCCUGCAGCUCAGAUCCUUCCCUCCCAUAGGUUCAUUAUGACCUUCUUCUCCAGUUGGCCAAGGGCUGGCGUCUUCUUGGAACAGCCUGUGGGACAGAGGUUCACCAUUCUCUUCCGGGCCCUUCGCUUACAUGGCAUCACUCAACGAGCCCAUCUAGAGGAGAUGCAGCAGAUCCAUGUCUUUCCUCAGUCCUGGCUGCUCCUCAUCUUCUCCAAGCACUACUACACUCUCCACAGUGGAGGAGACAUGCAAGUAACAGAUUUCUCCCAACAAGCAGUGCGCUUCGGCAUGGUCAUUGAGAGGGAGCCUCAAUACUGCACACGAACCAUUGGACUGUAUGGCUUCUACUUCCUACUUAAAGCAGCCAGCAUAGGAGAGCUGGACUCGCAUGGCUUCUCUCUGCAGAGACUGAAACACUGGGACCCUGCCAUGUCUGUGCGGGCGUGUGAGAGGCAUCCUUUCAGUAUGAUGACAGAGCGGGCCUUGUCCUAUCAGAUCAACGUGCAGGCCCAUGUGCACGGCCAGUGGCAGGAGUUCAACAGUGGUCCCAUCAACCAGGAGUUUGGCCUGACCAAGCGCACCUGCAAGAGCCAGGUGUUUAAAGUGAGGGGCCUCAGCUUGCCCAUCUUCGUGACCUUCGCCCUGGCCUUCGCUGCAGUCUGAUCCCCUGCCAGACAGUCUUCAUGGUGCUCGUUAUCACACGUAAACAUCACACUUCCUGCCUGAUUAAAAGUAUCCAGGAAGACUUGUCUUAGUGGGGUAGCCUUGAUAGAAAAGAAGAAAGCCACUUCAAAGACUAUCUGUUAGGCACGCAGCCUGUUUUAACCCAAACCAUGCUCAAUGCGCUGCCCAAAUCAAAUCAAAUCCCGUUGACCAAAUCAGGUAAAAUAGUAGUCUUGGACACUUGCUUCUUCCACUGACACAGGUAAUGGUCUGUCGAGGUACAAGGGACACAAUUAUAGUAAUAUGAUUCAUGCACUUUCACAUCACUUGGCAGUAUGAGGUUGUGUCCCAAAUGGCACCCUAUUCCCUAUACAGUUUGACCUGGGUCCUAUGGGUCCUGGUCAAAAGUAGUGCACUAUAAAGGGAAUAGGGUGCCACUUGGGAUGCAGUCUGUGCCAGCUGUAAUGUAUCCUAACCACAAGGGGUGUUGCAAACCUUGUCCUGGAAGAGAGCUCUUUGAAGGAAGUUGUUGGCCUGUAGGCUGUCUGGAGGCUUUAUAACUGUUGCUCCUUGUGGUUAAGGUCUCUACUCAACCAGGAAGCAGAGUAAUGAGUCUCUCUGUGUCCGAAAAACGCUGACUGUCAGUGGGCAACAUUCUGACCAGUGGAGGUACUGUAGGGUCAUGUACAGCUGAGAAAACACACAGGUAGAGUUGCCCAGGAAAGCAGAGGUUUAUUGGCGAACUCUUUAGUGAAUGAUAAACAUGGUUUGUAUUUACAGUA